AUGCAGACAAAGAGUUUCGCUGCACUGGCACUUGCCAUGGGCCAGUUCAUAGCAGGAGCAUCUGCCAACUCGGGAUACGCAGGAAGUUGCACAAAUAUACAAAUAUAUCCCCCGGAUGGCAACACCAACUACUGGAAGAUUGCUGCAGAUUGCAAAAAUAACGCAGGGCAGACUAAUCUUAAUACCAAAGUCAACAUCGAUUCAUGCUUUAGCAACUCGAACGGAUCUCUUGUUGCUCAGCUAGAUGGCUCUUUUGGGUUGUCUUGUACGAAUAUAAUACUCACGGGCACGGUUCUCAGCGCCAGUUGUCGCAACCAAGGAGGCGCCAGUGUCGAUACAUCAAUAGAUACAAAUAAUGUUAUUGGAAAUGCAAAUGGUGCCCUGUAUUGCUUUAACCAGGGAAAUUUAUAA